AGCUGUACAGUAAACAAUUCUGGUACGCUUGCAAUGAUGCUACACAUCAGAGCUGCAUGCUAGUGCAGACGUCGCAUGCCGCAUGUGCACGCCUGUCAGUGGAGCCUGCCCGGGUGCACACAACCGUACAGCCUGGACCAGGAGGAAAACAAGCUAAUUUGGGCUCUCCUCGAGGGCGCGAGGUUGCAUGAUGAGAGAGAGGAGAGAACCACUGCUAUCAUGAACGAAUGUGAAACAUACCAGAGAUUUUAAGCAGACGUUGGUGGAUUAAAAAUAAAACAAGCAACUGGCCGAGCAAUGGAGAGCCAGGCGGCGAUGGAGCAGCAGAGCUACGAGGACGUUCGGAAAAGCGGGUAUCUCCGCAAGCAGAAAUCUAUGCACCGGCGCUUUUUCGUUCUCCGGGCUGCCUCGGAGCAGGGCCCGGCCAGACUCGAAUAUUACGAGAACGAAAAGAAAUUCCGGAGUAAGUCACCAGUCCCAAAGAAAGCAGUGAAUCUGGACUCUUGCUUCAACAUCAACAAACGGGCAGAUUCAAAAAACAAGCACAUGAUAGUGCUGUACACCCGCGGGGAGAGCUUUGCCAUAGCCGCGGACACCGAGGAGGUCCAAAACGAAUGGUACCAGGCCAUGCUGGAUCUACAGUGUAAAUGUAAGACUCCUGAUGAGUGCGGCAGUGGAGGAGACUGUGGACUACCUUCCCCGGGCCCUGCCUUUAAGGAGGUCUGGCAGGUUAAAGUCUGGCCAAAAGGUUUGGGCCAGGCCAGGAAUCUAAUUGGAAUAUACAGACUUUGCUUGACGGACAAAACAGUCAAUUUUGUAAAACUCAACUCUGAUGUUGCUGCUGUGGUCCUCCAGCUGAUGAAUGUGCGACGCUGUGGCCACUCAGAGAACUUUUUUUUUAUUGAAGUGGGUCGUUCUGCCAUGACAGGCCCUGGUGAAUUCUGGAUGCAAGUAGAGGAUUCAGUGGUGGCACAGAAUAUGCAUGAGACUCUUCUUGAGGCCAUGAAGGCUCUGAGCGAAGAGUUUCGGCAAAGAAGCAAAUCUCAGACUGUUGGGGUGAGCUGUGGAGGAGGAACUGCCUCUAACCCUAUCAGUGUACCGUCUAGACGACACCAUCCUAAUCUACCACCUUCACAGGUUGGCUUUUCCAGACGUGCUAGAACAGAAACACCUGGUGUCCAUAACACUAACACUUCCCCAACUCCACGGCAUGGUUUCUCUAGGUCACGGACAGCCAGCAUUGGGGCUCGUACAGAGGAUGGAGGGGGCAGAGCAACAGCACUCAGCACGAGUCCUAGUCUCAAUGGGUCAUCCUGCUCAACCACCCCAACCCUGAGGCCUAAACCUACACGAGCACCCACUCCAGCAAAGAUCACCCUUAGCCUAGCACGAUAUACCCCAAACCCUGCACCUUCCCCAGCACCCAGCCUCUCAUCCAGCUCUGGUCAUGGGUCCGAAUGUGGGUUGGGUGGAGCUACCUUUGGAGCAGUCCCCAUUUGCACCUAUGCUCGAAUUCCUCAGAGGGUGUCUAUGUCAGGAUCACCCAGUGAUUAUGGUUCCUCAGAUGAGUAUGGAUCCAGCCCUGGAGAGCAUUCUCUGCUAGCUGCUGGACUCCCUGCUGCCCUUGUUGAAGGUGGAGCUAGUUAUAUCCUAAUGGGUCACAGAGAAGGCUCUCACAAACGUGUUCAUGGACGCAGAGUCCUUCGCCGUUCAUCUAGCCGUGAGUGUGAAGUUGAGCGCAGGCUGCUCAGCAAGCGUGCUUCCUUACCGCCAACUUCUACCCAGGAGCGUUUGGUCCCCCGCCGAAGGGAGGAGGAAGAAGAGGAUGAAGAAGAGUAUGCAGUCAUGUCACGCAGUGCAAGUAGGGAAUCUUUCACAUCACGCAGAGGCUCAGGAGGUUCAGCAACAACAUCAUUGGUGCAGGAAAACUCUGCAGAUAAAGGUGUGAGUACAAAAGGGGGUCCUGAAGACUCUUCAAUUGACAGUGGUUACAUGUCCAUGUUACCAGGUGUUACAGCUCCUCCUGCUUCAUUAUCAUUAGCGGUUUCUGGUUCAGAUGCAGUGCCAAAGGGUGGAGAUGAAUACAUGGCCAUGACCCCCAAUAAUAGUGUCUCUCCCCCUCAGCAUAUUCGUCUGCCAAUCAGCGAAGGUUACAUGAUGAUGUCUCCUAACAGUAGCUGUUCACCGGACUUGCAUGGCAUGAGUGGAUGCAUAUGGGGCAGCAGAGGCAGCAUGGAGAGUCGAGCAGGCAGCGACUACAUGAACAUGUCACCUAUAAGUGCCAGGUCAGCUUGCAGUACUCCUCCCUCACACCCAGAGCAACAGCCACUGCAGCCAAAGAUGGUCUAUUCAUAUUUUUCGCUACCACGUUCCUACAAACACACCACCCUCUCUGCCCGUUUUGAGGAUAAUCUGGAGAGGGUUUGCAUGGGAAGAGGUGAAGCUGGAGGAAAAGCUGGACAUAGUGCUUAUCAUUGUGGAGGAGACACACCUGUGGGCUCAGGUGGCGGUGGACAACUCUCUCUGUCCUCAUCUUCUUUUUCCUCCAGUUCAGCUAGCAGUGAAAGCCUUGAAGACAGAUCGUUGUCUCUUUCUGUUGGUGGAGUGGGACGAGCAGCUAGGCUGAGCACAGGACACAGGGUACGGGGAGCUUACCCCAAAAUUACAUCCCAACACCAUCACCAGCAGAGUUGUGGGCCAGGGGUUCAGAAACAGGGUAAUUUACAGACAAGGAAAGACAAAUCAUCCAGAUUUUUUGUGGAUAUGUCCAAAGCCAAUACCCUGCCGAGAGUCAGGGAGACUUUGCUUCCAACAGCAUCUCAGAGCCCUGGAGAGUAUGUGAGCAUUGUUUAUCAGGGUGAACGAGGAGGACACAAGGGGAGAACUGCAGUGGAGCCAGGGAACUCCAGGGCACAAGGACAUCAGAGAGCCUUUCACCGACCACAGCCAUGUCAAGGUGGAUCUGCCAACCUUCCACGAAGCUUCUCAGCACCCCUUGCAACUUCCAUCUCAUUGUCCUCUGAAUAUGUGAACAUGGACUUGGGAAGCUCACCCUCUUCUCUCACUCCCCUCUCUUCUUUUAAACCUGCCCCAAAGGUUAGAGAGGAGAUCAGCAGAGUUCCUCAAGUAGAAAAGGAGGUUGAUAUGGGACUCAGGAAGAGCAACGUAACAGGAUUGACAUCCACAGUUGUGGCUGCUGCUCCUUUUACAGACUAUACUGAAAUGAAAUUUGGCUUGGGGGCAGAUACAACAUCCAAAUCCCCAAAACCUGGCCAAACACCUCUCUCAUCCUCCAUGGAGCAGGAGCAUACCAUGAAUUUCUCCUCACCCAAAGCUUUUUCAAAUGUGGAUCAGGGUGCCCGUGUAGUCAGGGCAGAAUCAUCAGCAAGAAGGCGGCAUCGCUCAGAGACAUUUGUUGCCCCUCCAACUCAUCCCCUCUCCCCCUCUGCUUCCCCUUUACCUUUUCCUGAAACGCCACAUGGUGGUCUACAGCGAAAUCAAGGAUUAGAGGGCAACCUUUGGUCUAAUAAUCAGCCACCCUCUCCAAAGUGUGCCAGCCCUGGAGCAGCAAAUCUUCCUGCUGCUCAGGGAUCUUCUCUAACCCUGGAGCAAGGCCUGAACUACAUUGAUUUAGACUUGAUCAGUAAGGAAAAUCAAACCAGUGUGGACGGACCUUCUGGCCCUCACUCAUUUUUCUCUCCUGUAGUAGGAGGGUUGACUGGUGGAUUGGGUGGAGCAGGAGGAAACACCACCUCCAGCAUCAACACAUAUGCCAGCAUUGAUUUCAUCAAAUCGGAUGAAUUAAGAGUUCAUCAGAGCAACAGGAAGGACAGCAAAGAUUGUUAACGUGCUCCUGCAUUCGGACCAGUCAACGUCUGUCCUUCCUGUGAGAGAGAAAGCGGUUCGUCUCUCCCUGCACUUGAUGUGCUCUAAAAAAUGGUGCGAUUACCCACAACCCUCAACAGUGGAAACUUAACUGCCCUUGCCUCAUAACAACAUUUACUCUCAUUAUUUCCCAUCGGUUCAAUCAAAAUACAAUUUGUGCCAAAAGACGAUCCAUCAUUUCUGCCACAGAUCACCGAGAUGGACGUGCCCUUAUGAAGGGCCACUGCGACUCUGACUGCCAACCGGGAGCCAAUGAUAUUCUUUUUAUCCUCUACCACAAACUUUCAAUUAUUGUAAAAGAGAUGUUCUAUAGUAUAAUGAUAGAUGAAGAAUAUAUAGCAGACAUAAUAUUACUGAGAAUAAAUCUAUCUAUCGAUCUUAUAAAUAUAUAAAUACAACUUUUUUUAUAAAAGUGCCUCAUUUUUGAUUGUAGCCAUUUUUACACAGGUCUCAAUGUGCUCUGUAAAAGACAAAUGCUUUCUCUUUGUUGUUGUUUUUUUUCUUUCCCAUUCCUUUGUGUUUGCUAUGCUGAACAAAGUCGAAAGACAGAGUGUGAAGAAAAACUAUUGGAUGGAUGCAAGUGUUUUUUAUUUUUGCUAUGGUUCGUAAUCAGAUUGCCUUACUGUUCUCGAUUUAUCUUUUUGUGUGUGUGUGUGUGUGUGUGAGAGAGAGAGAAAUCAGUCGCCUCAGCCAUGCUGUGCCUCGGUUCAUUAAUAAAAGAUUCACACACACUCACACACAUACACAAACACAGUAAAAUCAAAACUGAUUGCAUAUAUUUUAUCCCAGUUCAAUUUUAUUGGAUGCAUCUACUCCUAAAUAGAUAUUUUCAAAGAUAUGUAAACAUCAUCUACUCUUUGCUUUAUGAAUCUGAGCAUGGUGGCAUCAGAUGGCUGAUAGGUGUCUGAUCAAUAUGAAACAUCUGGUGUGUGUGUGUGUGUUUAUGUGAGAGAGAGUCUCUAUGGCCUUAUUGUUUUUAGUCAUAUAACGGUUUUAUGUUAUUGUAGUAUUUCCCCAUCCCCAGUUUACUUCGGUUACACACAUUCGCAUUCAGAUUUAAAACUGUGCCUCUCUGUUAUCAGCAGACUGAACUGCUAUAUAAAUUUAACACACACACACACUUAGCCAGACAGGACCCAGCAAGAUAAAAGAUGUCUAAUAAACGUAAUUCAUGUCGUCUUGGCUAAAACAAGGCUAAAUUUGGGCUGCCAGUGAAAAUCUAAUAGACGUCUAAGAAUAGACCAAAACUAGACUAAUCAUUAAAUAAACAGAAAUGAAUGACUACACAUAUAAAGUCUGUCUAAUCUGUCUAUUUGACGACUAGUCUAGUUUUGGGCUAUUCUUAGAUGUCUAUUAGAUUUUCAGUGACAGCCCAAGUUUAGCCUUGUUUUAGCCAAGCUGUCUACAUUUACAUGUUUAUUAGUCGUCUAUUAAACACAAAAUUGUUUGCUGGGGAGAUAUCCAUCUAAUUUCUUUAUCUACCCUAUUGACUAUAUGCUUUUACACUCUAGCAACCUACAUUUUACACACACAAACACACAGUUAACCUGCCCUGUAAUGGUGAAUGUGCUUCAGUUUCUUUUGCUUUCGGUUAUUUUGUUCAGUAUUGCAAUUUCAAGAUGAGAGUUACAAGGGAACAGGGUCUUUUUAUGCCAUCUGGACAGUGGUGCCUGUCUUUGCUGAAACGUAGCAUGUUGUUCUUAUUUAAUGAUUUUUAAAUAUAUAUAUAUAUCUAUAUUUUAAACACCUGUUUUAAAAUUUAAGAUUCUUUUUGAUGGCUUCUGCAGUUUUCUAAUUAACCUAAAAUUUGUUUCGUAUAGUGUCUGCUACCUGCAAAAAUAUAACAUGUAUCAGUGAUCCUGUUUUAGUGCCAAAAUCCAACUCACACACUACCAUCGAUCAUGCCAAUGAGCGAUCUCAUGAUGCUUUUUAAUACCAGAUUUUUAGUAAGCAGUAUUUUUCUCGUUUGCCUGCACAAUCUGCGUGUUUUCUAUCACUUAUUUGCUAAUGUAAACUCAUAUCUCACAUAGUACAACAGCUGCCUUCAGUUACCGGGAAUCAACAUGAAGCCUUAUAGUGCUUAUAUGAAUGCCUUUUCUAUCAUGUGAAAAUAAGAGCCUCCUUUGUUUAUGCAUAUUAUAUAGGGGUUCAUUUAUACCACAUGCCACAUUCAAUGCAGUGUUUAAUAGGAGUGACAUUUGCUUACAGUAUACUCAUCCACAUCACUGAUCAUACAGUGGUUGUCAAUGAUUACAGAUAACACACAUACCUCUCGCUGAAAUUUUCACACUCUUUAUACUAAGGAUAAAACUAGCAGGACAACAGCAGUUGGGGAUUAAAACGCUGGGUGGGCUUAUUAAUGCCUCCUUAAGGGUUUUAGCCUGUUUACUUAUCAUCCUGAGCAGGACAUAUGCCUUUUUAAAUCCACCUCAUGGCCGGACCAUUACAAAAAAACAAAGAAAGCAUCAAACUGUGUUUGCGCGUGUGUCUUUUUCUGUUUGUCCAGCGCGUUUGGCUACUCUGUUUUCCUCCAUGUUUUUUCUUUCCUAUAUUUUGAUUGCCUUAUUGUCUGUAUUAGCUCUUAUUUAAUACACGGCAGCUGUAAAAGAUGCUUUUUAUCCUAGAACAGUGGGGAUUCGGUUUGAAGAUUCUGCAUUCUAGCAGUGGGUUUGUUUCUUUCUUCUGACUGACAAUUUUAUAGAGUCUGGUUUGGUGUAUAAAGUUGUAUGUCCCCAGACUUACUUUCCAGAAAACAUUAACAUGGUAUUAAGUGAUGUAGAAAUACAGCCAAGGUCAUAUGUAUACUGUAGGUAAGGACUAUCUGUAUAUAGUCCAGAAAAAAGAAACUAAAAAAAAGAAAAGUAAUGCUUUAUUGUCUUUAAGUACCUGUAAGUUGUUGGGGAAAAAGGGUCUGAUAUGCACAAUCAGGGGUCUGUGUAAAGUUUCAAAGUUGAUCUGUUCUUCUGUAUAUCUAAUGCUAUGAAACAUUCAAUGACAAUUGUGUAUAAAGGGGUUUUAAUAAGAGAGUUAUUAGGCUGCGGACUACUGUAUAGUUCUGUGAAUAAGGGGAAAUACUGGGCUCGGGUGGGCAUGGGAGACUGACUGUAUGGUCUGGAUAUAGUAGACAUGUCUGUUGAAUUCAGAAAUUCCUCAAUGAUUAUUGCCUGUGAUUAAGACAAUGUCACUCCAAUUUAUGGAAAAAAUGAUGAAAAAAGAA